AUGACCAGUGAUGGUCGAGAUAUUGAUGAUAGGACUGUACACCUGUCAUCGGAGGAACCAAGCACCAGUGGUUGUCCAGUCCAUGUUGACGACCACAGUGAUGUCCUUCAUUCUCCCAUCACUGCACCGACCCUCCAAACUCCAGACCAUGCUGCAGCUCAAAGUGUUGACGACGUCCCUACAGCCUGUGCCACGUCCGACUGUAGUGAGGAUGAUGUCCUUCAAGCUGCAGUGCCUUUGCUAGCUGACUUGUGUGCACGUGUUCUUCAGGACACUGAGCCACAGUCAUGCCAGCAGCAGGAUAUGGAGAAAACUGUGACUGGUCGAGAAAUUGAUGAUUGGACUGAAUACCUGUCAUCGGAGGAACCAAGCACCAGUGGCUGUCCAGUCCAUGUUGACGACCACAGUGUUGUCCUCUAUUCUCCCGACUGCAGUGAGGAUGAUGUCCUUCAAGCUGCAGUGCCUUUGCUAGCUAACUUGUGUGCACGUGUUCUUCGGGACACUGAGCCACAGUCAUGCCAGCUACAGAAUUUGGAGAAAACAGUGAUCGGUCGAGAAAUUGAUGAUUGGACUCAAUACCUGUCAUCGGAGGAACCAAGCACCAGUGGCUGUCCAGUCCAUGUUGACGACCAGAGUGUUGUCCUCUAUUCUCCCGACUGUAGUGAGGAUGAUGUCCUUCAAGUUGCAGUGCCUUUGCUAGCUAACUUGUGUGCACGUGUUCUUCGGGACACUGAGCCACAGUCAUGCCAGCUACAGAAUUUGGAGAAAACAGUGAUCGGUCGAGAUAUUGAUGAUAGGACUGAAUACCUGUUAUCGGAGGAACUAAGCACCAGUGGUUGUCCAGUCCGUGUUGACGACCACAGUGAUGUCCUCCAAUCUCCCAGCACUGAACUGACCCUCCAAACUCCAGACCAUGCUGCAGCUCAAAGUGUUGACGACGUCCCUACAGCCUGUGCCAGGUCCGACUGUAGUGAGGAUGAUGUCCUUCAAGCUGCAGUGCCAUCAGUUCCUCAGGAGAAGGAGAAAACAAUUUUCGUCAUCAAUUCACGCCAAUAUGAAGUUGGUGAUGAGCUCGGUGAAGGAGGUUUUGGAACCGUCUAUGCAGCGACUCGUUUGGAUGAUGGACUUCAGGUUGCAGUGAAAUACUGCUCGAUGUUCGACACAACGUUCAUCCGCAUUGAUGGUUUUGCUCAACCACUUCCAAUAGAAAUUGUUCUUCAAACCCUUGUGAAUCAAGGCCCAAGGGUUCCUGAAAUUAUUGAGCUUCUGGACUGGAAGGUGGAACGUGACUUCUACUGCAUGGUCCUGGAACGGCCCAUACCCUGUCAGCCCUUGAACAACUUCAUAGAAAGCUAUGUUGGGCCCAUUGAUGAAGAUGACAUACGGUUCAUCAUGAAACAGGUCGUAUUCGCAGCUCAAACUUGCUGCCAAAGAAAAGUGUUACACCGAGAUAUCAAGCUGGAGAACCUUCUGAUCAACCCGGACACCCUUGAGGUCAAAUUGAUUGACUUCGGGUGCGGGGAUAUCCUCGAAGAUGAGGCUUACACAGACUAUUCUGGCACAGCGGAGUAUCGUCCUCCUGAGUUUCUGGAGACUGGCAAAUACCACGGAGAACCAGCGACAGUGUGGUCUCUCGGAAUAGUCUUGUUUGUAAUGCUUUUCUGGAAGUUUCCAACAAGACGAGAACUGAAUACGAUCAUGAAUAAAGACAUAGAAGGCCUGUCAGAAGGUGAGAUCUUCAUUUCAGCACAGAACAGUUGUAAUUUGAAUUACCAAAAAAUAAAUUUCAAGGUGAUCAUGUCUCUCUCUUCUUUCUGCACAGAAUGCUGCGAUUUUAUGCGCUGUUGUCUCAAGAUAGACCCCAGAGAGCGGAUUAAACUGGAGCGACUCAACCGCCACAGCUGGAUUAAGACCAACGAAGAGAAGAAGAGCAGCGAAAUAAUGGUCAUCAACUCAUCCUCUUAUGAACUUGGCGUUCUGCUGGGUAAAGGAGGCUUUGGACUUGUUCAAGCUGCAACCCGACUAGAGGAUGGCCUUCAGGUGGCAAUUAAAACUGCCUACACCGAGAACGUCAAGUUCAUCGACAUUGUAAGUAUGCUGUGCUCUUCAACUCUCAUUCACUGUUACUUUAAGUAUCUAUAAAUCACUAGACAAACUGUAAUUGUCAUCAUGUUUUACACAAUAUCCAUCCAAUCAUCAUAACAAAUAUAUUUCUUCCAGGACGG